AUGGCCACGUCGAAGUCCUCCGGAUCCGCUUCGCCCGCUUCGUCCUCUUCGUCCUCUUCAUCAAGCCAUGAGGAGGAAAAACCAUCUGUGACUUUGGGCAACAGCGACACUUCCACAGAGGCUGAGAAUGCACCAGCUAAAGCGAGGGCAUAUGCUGGUAUGUUUACUUGGCCAUGUCCGCGGCAUUUUUUCCAAGACUUGGAAGAUCGACGAGCAGCAAAGGUCCUUAAGCCUUGUGAUGUUUCCAAGGAGAAACUGUUGGAGGCCUUCACAAAAGCGCUGAAGAGCAAAGGUUACUUGCACAAUCUUGUGAAGGCUGCCGUGGCGGAUGAACCGCACAAGCAUUACCAGCCCGAUGGUGCUUCUCGGGAAAGACACAAACACCUCAUCUUUCUGUUUCGAGCUCCGUUUGUGCACGCUGGCGUUCGCAAGCUGUUGGCCGAAGAGUUUGAGUACCAUGGAUUCUUCACAUUUCAUCGCGCGGGCUGGUGCGCCUAUCUGGAUUACCUGAUGAUGGAGAGCGCAAAGAAACCAGCGCAUGAUUUAGACCGUGACCUUGUGUUUUAUCCGUCAAGUUACACCAAGCAGAAAGCUGAUGGCGAGCUUGCAGGGAUGUCCUCGCAGGUGGCUGGCAGAAAGAAGAAUGAGGGGCUGCAGAAAGGUCCGUCGGAGGCCUUGCAGAAACGACGCCGGCGCAUGUCUUUUAGCGAGCUUACAGACUUUGUUGUCGAAAGGAAGAUUUCAACAGUGGCAGAGCUAUGGAAGGCCUGGCACACAUACAAUCUGGAGACUGCCGCCAAAGAGGAAAAGAUGCGUGGCAACUCUUUGAUUUGGGACCAUGUGGGGCAGCUUCGGGAUCCAGCUGCGGAAGUGCAGAAAAUCUUGGCUGCGUGGCACCGACCUGAAACCUUGGGGGCUUCAACUCUUAUCACCUCACCACGCUUUCCUUUGGAGCACUUUGAUGUACCUCCACGGGUCCUGCAGUGGAAGGAGACCCAAUCCCUCACCCAUACCUUAAUCCUGCGUGGUCCGGGAAGACUGAAAUGGCUAUAUCCGUGCUUUUGUCCACAUGCCGCGCUGGCAUCCACUUUGUCAGCAAGCUUGAUCAGAUGCAUAAGAUCACCGUGCACCCAGGUGAGGGACUUGUUGUCGAUGAGGCUUGUUUCAGGACAGUGA